AUGUGUUUGGCUGGUCAAGGAAAUGAAAUCAUCAAUUACAAUAAGAUAUUUUAUUCCCUCAAAUUCACUCCAUCCACACCCCUUGUUUUUUCUACAUUACAUUCCCUCUCUAACCUUCAUCACCAACACCUCCCACCACCUCCACCACCCACUGCUACCAUCACCACUCGCCGCUCCACCCUACGCCUUCGACCACCGCCACCACCCACCAUGUCGCUGCCACCCGUCAUCGCCACCGAACACCAAAGCCACCACCACCUGUCGUCGUCGUCGUUGCCGCCACCGUCACCACCGAACACCAUCAUCACAGCUGGCCACCACCACCGCCACCGCCACCCACCACCAUCACCACCCUCCUCCACUGAACACCGUCGUCAUCACCGUCACCACCCAAGGUAG